AUGACAAUUCGCCUACUUUCACUUUGAGCGACUUCUUUAAACCCCACUGUCGUUAUUCCAACGUGAACUUUCCGGAAUGCGGUUAUGAUGCGGUUAGGAUUCUUCUGAAAACUCGAGAAGGUUUCGUAACUUUAAAGAAUCAGUGUUUAGUAAACGAAAGGCGACGUUAAGAAGAAACGAGAUGUUUUGCGGAUACCGAAACGUUGCCUUCUUGCGCCUGAUGUGUUUCUCCGUCCUGCUGACUGGAGUCUCGACAGGAUCAGAGAAAAGUCCAACACUCAAACUUAAUAUCAGUAAUAAAGGAAAUGAUCUCCACUUUACUGCAAGUCCCCCUCAAAAUCCACCCCAGUGCUGGCAUUAUGAGUUUCAUUACAGUAAAUGCAACGAGAACCCAGACAUUAUAAAAGUAAGCAACUGGACAGCCAUAGUGGGAUACGAUGUUGCCUGCAGGUACAAAGUUCAAGUGCAGGCAAAAUAUGAUACAACCCACUGUGGGGAAGGCGAACAAGACAGUAACAUGAGCAUUCCUGUAUAUUUUGGUCAGGAUGGUGAUCCAAAUUUGCCAUUUAAAGUGGUGAUGAGUGUCAUCCCUGUAACAGUGUGCAUUUGUCUUAUCAUUGCUAUAGUGCUGUUUAGGAGGCACAAGGACACAUUUCUCCCCCAAAUUCCCAAUCCAUCAUAUUUCUUCAAGGAUAUGUAUGACACUAAAAAAAAAGUAAAACAGGGCCUAUAUACCACAGAACUCUAUGUACCUAAUGAAGAGCUGAUGGACGAGGUCCAUGUCGAGCCAAACACUACACACCUACAUCAUGAAUUAUAACCAGUAAAACAAGGUUAGAAAGGAUGAACACGUUCUACAUGAGGAUAGAUAAAGAAACCUCCUCAGCAAAGGAAGAAUACACUGCAGCAUUGGAAAUGUUAUGUUUAUAAAAUGUUAUCCUAAGACUAACCCAAAUGCAGUUAAAAUAUACUGUUGAAUGUGAGAGUUCAUGAGUUACAGUUAAUUCAGAAAAUAUUCAGAUCCUGUUACUUGAUUCACACAUGGAUUUGGGCAGUUUAUCCCAAUUUUAUUUUACAUUUCUCAUGACAGAUCCUCUCAAGCUCAAUCAAAUUGGAUGAUAAGAGUCUGGACUGCCAACUUCAGGUUUCUCAACAGAUGUUUGAAGGGGUUAAAGUCUUUUUUGUCUGGGCCUCACUCAUGGAAAUUCAGGGACUUGCUCUAAAACCACCUCAGUGUUGAUGUAGCUGUGUGCAUAGGGACACUGUUGUGUUUAAAGAUCGCCUCUAUCUGUUUUUGUAAUUUUUUUUUACAAGAAAGGUCCUGUAUUAGGCUGAAUUCAUCAGUCCCUCAACUGUUACCUAUCUCUCUGUCCCUGCCUCUGAAAAGCAUCCCUAUAGCAUGACCAUGCUUCACUGUAGGGAUGGUAUUAGCCAAGUGAUGUGCAGUGCCUGUUUAUGGCCAGACAUAGUGCAUGUUGUACUGCCCAAAGAGUUCAGAUUUCUUCUCAUAAGUUUAGAGAAGUUCAAAAUCUUGCCGGAGCCCUUUAUGCUGUCAUAUGCCACUCACUUACUUAAAAGAGGCUUGCAGAAAGGACGCUAAUCGUGUUAGCUCUUAUUUAAGCAAACAGGAUGCACUUGAACAUGAUUUGUAGUCAUACCACAAAGGGUUGGAAUGCUUUUGUGAAUAAGACAUUUUUUCAUUUUUUUCAACCUAAAUCAAAUCCACAAAACAAAGAAUGAAACAAGUAAACAGUUUCUGAAUACCUUCUUAAUCUACUAUAUGUGCUAUGACCUCGUUAAUAAUGUCAUCCUCUGCAUUACUCAGAUUAGGUCUGGAGACUGAGAGGGUCAUGGCAGAAGCUCAUAUCACUGAAUUUUCCUAUUUAUUCGUGUUGCUCUUGGACUGACGUCUUCCUGGGGAAUAUCCCCACAUUGCAUAUUUAACCCCUGAGUGAAUCAGUCAGCAUUCUAAGACAAGAAAAGAUGAAUGUGGUGGUGUUGUUGCUACAGUUUAGAUAGCUAGAUAACAUAAAGUCAUAUGAUAAUGCUAUUCUUCUAUUUGAAUGUGUUUCUUUAGCCAUAUAGCACUUUAUGUCUUUUUACCAUUGAAUCUAUAUUAAUAAGUGGAUGACAAUGUAGAAAGAAAUGUACAGUAAGAGAAAUUCUUCUUCAGGCACCAGGUAGCUUGGGCUACUCAGGUCUUUUUGCAACCAGUUUGUUUACUAUUUGUUUAUUAUCUAUUUUUUCUUUACAUUUCUGUGUUUGUUCUUUAAUAUCAUAAUCAUUAUAAUCAUAAAUAAAUACUAUUUAUAAAGUA